GUGUUCCUGAGGGCCGUUAAUCAGUAUGGAUCUAAACCAGAUGUCUCUGAUCUCUUUCAGAGUGUUCCUGAGGGCCGUUAAUCAGUAUGGAUCUAAACCAGAUGUCUCUGAUCUAUUUCAGAGUGUUCCUGAGGGCCAUUAAUCAGUAUGGAUCUAAACCAGAUGUCUCAUCUCUUUCAGAGUGUUCCUGAGGGCCAUUAAUCAGUAUGCAGCCGUGUUAAACAAGAAGUUCCUGGAUCAGACCAACUUUGAGCUUCAGCUGUGGAACAACUACUUCCACCUUGCCGUGGCGUAUCUUACCCAGGAGUCCUUGCAGCUUGAGAACUUCUCCAGCGACAAACGAUCCAAGAUCUUCCAGAAGUACCAGGACAUGAGAAGACACAUUGGCUUUGAGAUCAGAGACAUGUGGUAUAAUCUAGGUCCACACAAGAUCAAGUUCAUCCCAGAGAUGGUGGGUCCCAUCCUAGAGAUGACUCUGGUCCCAGAGAUAGAGCUGAGGAAAGCUACCAUCCCCAUCUUCUUCGACAUGAUGCAGUGUGAAUUCCACUUCACAUGCAGCUUCCAACGGUUUGAGAAUGAGAUCAUCACCAAACUGGAUCACGAGGUGGAGGGGGGCAGAGGAGAUGAGCAGUACAAAGUCCUCUUCCACAAGAUUCUGUUGGAACACUGCAGAAAACACAAGUACCUGUCUAAGAGUGGGGAGAUCUUUGUGAGCCUGGUGGUUCGUCUGUUGGAGAGACUCCUGGACUACAGGACCAUCAUGCACGAUGAGAACAAGGAGAACCGGAUGAGCUGUACUGUCAACGUGCUGAACUUCUACAAGGAGAUAGAGAGAGAGGAGAUGUACAUCAGGUACCUGUACAAGCUGUGUGACCUCCACAAGGAGUGUGACAACUACACUGAAGCUGCCUACACACUGCUGCUGCACGCUAAGCUGCUCAAGUGGUCUGAGGAGCCGUGUGCAGCUCACCUCACCCAGAGAGACGGCUACCAGGCCUCGACUCAAGGACAACUCAAGGAUCAGCUCUACCAGGAGAUCAUCAACUUCUUCGACAAGGGCAAGAUGUGGGAGGAAGCCAUCGUACUAGGAAAGGAGCUGGCAGACCAGUACGAGAACGAGAUGUUUGACUUUGAGCAGCUCAGUGCCUCCUUGAGGAAGCAGGCUCAGUUCUACGAGAACAUUGUGAAGGUGAUCCGGCCCAAGCCAGACUACUUCGCUGUGGGAUACUACGGAGUGGGCUUCCCUUCCUUCCUCAGGAACAAGAUGUUCAUCUAUAGGGGUAAGGAGUACGAGAGGAGAGAGGACUUCGAGGCCAGACUGCUUACCCAGUUCCCCAACGCUGACAAGAUGAAGACUACCACACCGCCCGGCGAAGACAUCAAGACCUCUUCCUCACAGUGCAUCCAGUGUUUCACCGUCAAGCCUGUUCUGGAACUCCCUUCAAAGUUCCAGAACAAACCAGUGUCUGAGCAGAUCGUCAGUUUUUACAUGAUAAAUGAAGUCUGUCAGUUCCAGUACUCCAGACCGGUGAGGAAGGGAGAGAAGGACCCAGACAACGAGUUCUCGCAACAGACAGUGGUGCUGCUCCCCAGAUCCCCCUCUGCCUCUAAAACCUACUUCCCCAUCCCGGUCGACUGUCUGGAGGAGGAGACCAGGAUACGAUCCGCUGACGACGGCAAACUCUUCAGAGAGGAGUUCAAUUCGUUGCCGUCUGGAUAUACCCAGGGGACAUGCCAGGAGGCCAACAAAGAAGACAACAGAGAAAAGAACAGAUAUCCCAACAUCCUUCCAUAUGAUCAUUCCAGGGUGGUGUUAACCCAGCUCGAUGGAAACCUCUGUUCAGACUACGUCAACGCUUCAUACAUCCAUGUCCUAAACAAGACACGGUAG